AUGAAUCCAGGAGAGAAAACGAUUUUCCAAGAGUAUCUGACAAAUCAGGGGACUGUGGUAAAGCCCUAUUGCUGGCAGAGACAGAACCACAUCUGUGCUAAGUGUCCCUACCACAUACGGACUGGUGAAGAAGCGAGAAUCCCUCAUGCAGAAUUUCACAGGGUCUUUGGCUUCCCAGACAGAUCAACAGCAACUCUCCAAAACAAACACCUUCUCUUCUAUGAACUGAGGAAUUUCUCAGGCACAGUAGUCCAAAAAGGCCAUGCUACAAACUGUACUGACCAAGGCAGCCAUCCAGAAUCUAUGCUGUUUGAGGUGGGUGGUUAUCUGGAUACAGUUACAGAUGUCUAUGAAAAUAUCAGAUGCAUUAUCGUCUAUUCAAAUUACUCUCCUUGUAAUGAGGCUUACCACUGCUGCGUAAGUAAAAUCUACAAUUUCUUGCUGAGGUAUCCAGAAAUCACGCUCUGCAUCUAUUUCUCUAAGCUUUAUCACACUGAGGACCGUUUCCCCACCUCCGUAUGGAACCGUGAAGCUUUGCGGAGCCUCUCCAGCCUGUGGCCUCAAGUGACGCUGCAGAGACUGCCUGGGGGAGCGUGGCAUUACCUCCUCUGCAAUUUUGUGUACGGCUUCCCAGGGUCAACCCUUUAUCAUCCAACUCCACCAUCAAGAACCUUAGCAGAUGGACAAAAUCCAUAUCAAAUUAACAACUUAACAGGAAUGAAAACGAAUUUUAGGAAAGCCUUUCCACAAGUGAUGCAGGGAACACCUGCUGUGCAGCGGAACUUAAAGGUCUUUUCUUCUCAUAGCCCAGCCUCCCAACAGCCUUUCCAAGCAAUGAAAGGCAGCCUGCUACCUCUGAUGUCUCAAAGCCACUUGGUCCUUUUCCCAGGCAUGUUUCUGCCCUUUCAGAGGGAACAUCUAUACCCCAGACCUAAAAAUAUCAUAAGGCAUUUAAAAAUGCCAAAGGAAUAA